AUGCCACUCGGGAUGUCUCCAUUUAAGUUAGUAUAUGAAAAGGAAUGUCACUUGCUCGUGGAAAUAGAAUACAAGGCAUUAUGGGCCAUCAAGAAACUUCAUAUGGAUGUGCAUCUUGCUGGAGAAAGGCGAUUGUUGAAGCUAAACGAGACGGGCCAACAAGUACUACUGUAUAAUUCAAGGCUCAAGUUAUUCCCAAGCAAGCAGAAUUCCAGAUGGUCAGGACCUUUCAUAGUGCAUCAAGUGCAUAGCCACGACGCUAUUAAAAUCAGAAACUUGGAUGAUGGGAAAACUUUUAAGGUGAAUGGUCAAAGACUGAAGGUGUAUAAUGGAGCACCAAUCCUGCGUGACAAAUCGGCGUCGCUAUUCCAUGACGCCCAAGAGUUUGCUCCUCUUCCCUGA